GAGAGGGGUGGAGGCGAGUACUGCACACUUGCACUCUGGUAGCCGGCGGGAGCAGAUUGAGCACAGCCUGCUCCCCCCUUUCACACUGACUGCACCAAAAAGCCACAACAAGAGGAUUUCCCGCCACAGGAGCAAGAUUUUCUUUUUCGGAAUCACUGGAAGAUCUUCUGGCGCUGCUUUUGAAGCUGCAGCAUGGCAGAAGCGGCCCUCGGUGGACACCCUGGGACCUGGAUGGGUCUCCUGUGGGCUCUGCUGACUCUCCUCAACCACGUGGGGGCUUUCAACCUGGAUACUACUCACACGUUGCACAAGCAAGGAGACCGUGGGACCUUUUUUGGCUUCUCUCUCGCUCUACACCAGCAGCUCACCCCCGAGCCUCACAGCUGGAUCCUGGUUGGGGCGCCACAGGCUCCAGGCCGGGGUUUGCUGCGCGGCAGUCGACCAGGAGCCCUGUUUAAGUGUCCUAUUACACCCGAGGAAUAUGACUGUGUCAGGGUGGAUAUUGACGGUGAAGUGAGUCUAAACAGAGAGAGCAAAGACAACCAGUGGCUGGGAGUUACUGUCAAGAGCCAGGGCAUUGGAGGGAAGGUGGUGACCUGCGCUCACCUGUACGAGCUCAGGCAGCGCGUGGAUCAACCCUCCGAGACACGUGAUCCCAUCGGACGCUGCUACGUCCUGAGUGAAGACCUGACAGAGCGAGACGACCUGGACGGAGGAGAGUGGAAGUUCUGCGAGGGUCGGCCGCAGGGUCAUGAGCAGUUUGGCUUCUGCCAGCAGGGUCUUUCUGUCAGUUUCACCCCAGACAACAACUUCAUAUUGUUUGGGGCUCCUGGGACGUACAACUGGAAAGGUGAAAUGCGCGUGCAGCUGCUAAACCAGACGUUGCUCGACCUCGGUUUCUUUGACGACGGACCCUACGAGGUGGCGGAUCAGAAACAGCUUAAUGCCCGGCUCAUCCCUGUGCCCUACCACAGUUACCUGGGCUUCUCUGUGGACUCGGCCAUGGGAAUAAUGAGCCUCGGUGAGCUGACCUUUGUGGCGGGUGCACCGCGGGCUAAUCACACGGGGGCCGUGGUGCUGCUACGCAAGGACAACAUUUAUCGGCUUGUCCCCGAGCACAUUUUCUGGGGAGAGGAGCUCGCAUCUUCCUUCGGCUACUCGGUGGCGACCACCGAUCUUAACAACGAUGGCUGGACUGACCUGAUCGUGGGAGCGCCCAAUUUCUUUGACCGUAAGGCAGAGAUCGGCGGCGCUGUCUACGUGUACCUCAACCCUUUUGGUCACUGGGACGAUCAGGCCCGGCCCAUCCGUCUCAAUGGGACAUACGACUCCAUGUUUGGCAUGACGGUCAGCAACAUAGGCGACCUGGACCAGGACGGAUAUGGAGACAUCGCCGUUGGAGCUCCAUUCGAUGGGGACGGCAAGGUGUUCAUUUACAGAGGUUCAGAUUCGGGAAUUGAAACCAAACCUGCUCAGGUGCUGGAUGGCCAAGACUUUGAUGUGAAGCGUUUUGGAUACUCCAUCUCAGGUGGCCUGGACGUGGAUGAGAACCACUAUCCAGACAUCGCUGUGGGCUCGCUCAAUAAUUCAGUGGUGCUCUUCAGGUCUCGUCCAGUCAUCCACGUGAUUCGGGAAAUAUCCAUUGACCCACAAUACAUCGAUCUGGCCCAGCAUAACUGUAAGGGCCGUGAUGGCGUUUGCAUUGAGGUCAAGACCUGCUUCGUCUACACGGCCCACCCGGUGCACUACUCACCACAUAUAACCCUUCUGGUGCGCUUUGAAGCCGACUCGGAGCGCAGGAAGCUGGGCCUGCCGCACCGCGUCAACUUCCUAGGCCGCAGUUCCCUGGAGCCGGAGUACACGCAGACUGAGGAGGUGGAGCUGCAUCGCCAGAAGCACCCGGCGUGCACCACCGCUGCCUUCCAGCUCCAUGAGAACAUCCGGGACAAACUGCGGCCCAUCUCAUUGGCCAUCACCCACACCAUCAAACCUGUGCCCCCGCGCAGGCACUCUGGAGACAAGCGGCUGGAGAAACUGGCUCCUGUGCUCAACGUGUCGCCUUCUAACACGAUGCACUCAGAGGUGAACUUCCUGCGCGAGGGAUGCGGCCUGGACAAAAUCUGCCAGAGCAACCUGAAGCUGAGCUACCGCUUUGGAACGCGACCUCCAACCUCUGACCUGUUCACCCCCCUGCCAAAGGACGAGGAUGACGUGCAGGUGUUCUCCUUGUCCGACCAGCGCGUGGUGGUGUUGGAGAUCACCGUGACCAACGCGCCCUCCAACCCGCAGCGCCCCGAGGAGGACGGCGACGACGCCCACGCCGCUCAGCUGCUCAUCUCCCUUCCGAAAACGCUCUCCUACGCCGGCUCCAGGGUGCCCGCUCAGAUGAGAUGUCAAGCCAACCAAAAUGGCUCCGACGUGGAAUGCGACCUGGGAAAUCCCGUGAAAAGAAACACCAAGUUACAAUUCUCCAUCAACUUGAGCACAGCCAACAUCACUAUAGAAACCACUGAGUUGACCGCUGACCUCCAACUGACUACCAUCAGUGAGCAGCCUAACCUGGCACCGAUCACAGCGAUGGCUAAAGUUGUGAUAGAGCUCCCUCUGUCGGUCAGCGGGCUGGCUCGUCCUCACCAGCUCUUCUUCAGCGGUGCUGUUAAGGGCGAGAGCGCCAUGAGCAGUCUGGAGGACGUCGGCGGCCCCGUGGACUUUGAGUUUGUGGUGGCCAAUCCCGGGCAAGCUCUGCAAACACUUGGCUCCGCCUUCCUCAACAUCAUGUGGCCAUACGAGCUGGCCAAUGGCAAGUGGCUCCUGUACCCGGCUAGCCUGAACUUUGACGGACAUUUGGCAUCCCACUGUACUCCGGCAGGGGCUAUCAACCCUUUGAGUCUGCUUGGCCCCUCACCUACGCAACCUGUCAAUCAAACGCAAACCGGACGAGCACGCCGCUCCCACCCGGAUCUCGAAGGCCAAGAGACGAGCGGGGGCAACGUGAGACGAACCUCUCCGGCUGUGGCCGCUUCCGAGAGGCGCAAGUCGCUCAAGCUGGAUUGUCUCCUGGGGUCAGCGCGUUGCAUGCUCUUGCAGUGCCCCCUCCACAGCUUCUCUGGACAGGCUGUGCUCAGGAUCCACGGCAGGUUGUGGAACAGCACUUUCCUCGAGGAGUUCCCGGCAGUCAGCGCUCUGGAGCUGCUGGUCAGAGCAGAAAUCACCGUCAAGUCCACCAUCAAACAUCUGCUCCUGAGGGAUGCUGCAGCGCAGGUUCCAGUGAUGAUUUAUCCCGAGCCCGGUCUUGUGGAUCAGUACUCGAUCCCUUGGUGGAUCAUCCUCAUCGCCAUCCUGGCAGGCAUCCUCCUGCUAACGCUUCUGGUCUGCAUAUUGUGGAAGUGUGGUUUCUUCCAACGGGCCCAACUCAAAGACAAACUGCCUCAGUACCACGCGGUGAAGAUCCCCCGCCAGGAGCGGCCCCAGUUCCAGACAGAGAAAUCCGGCGUCCAUAAAAAGGAAUGGGCCACGCACUGGAGCGACGGGACUUCAUAAUCCCUCCCGCCAACCACCUGCAACACCCCUCCUCCUUUUGAGCGUAUCACUAAUUUUUUGGAACUCAAACAAACUGAGGAAGCGUUCACGCGUGCACGUUGCCGAAGACUGGAUCUUGAGCACGUAAGACACACGGAGUGACUGCACAGCCAUCGGGGAGUAUUCGAAGCAUAUAUAGCGAUUGUAAUGCAUAUGGGACUAUGGUGAUGUAGCCUGUGACAAGGACUACAAUUGUUUUUUUUUAUUUUGUUUGCCUUAACUGCUAUAGCACUGACGACUCAUAUGGGCAAUUUUUAUAUGAUUAUAUUAGUUGUCGUGUCUGCAAGGCAGACCAGUCAAAAUGGCCGAAAAUCAAUUCCCCAGAAAGGUGCUGUUUUUAUGAUUUUUUUUUUUUUUUUUUUUGUGCUAUUUUAUGGAGCCCCUGCUGGUGUUUGUGGAAAUUUCCCACUACUUCUGGACCUAAAAGUGGGUCUGGCAGAAACUUGAAAAAUGUGUGAUUUAGUACGUCCAGACCUAACCAAAAUCUCUGGCAUAAACUAGGCUUGUUAGGUUAAUUGAAGACGUUAAACCAAGGGUGUCAAACAUUUUGUUUCAUUUCAUUUCCCUCAGAGGACCGGUAUGCCUGUGUCUAGUAGAAUGCGUGAAACGACACCCCCCUGAAAAAUGGAUGCUACUUCGGCUAGCAUCUUUUUUAUGUCUACACAUCCCUACAUGUUUGAGCCGCGAAAAUAUCUUUAAAAAGUGAAGGAAAAAUGGCAAGAAUGAUGAAGUGGACACAUAUCAUUUGCUUCCGUGGGCCACAAAAAAAAUUAUGUUGUGGGCUGGAUUUGCCCCCCCCAGGCCUUGAGUUUGACACAGGUACUCUAAAUUGUCCGCUGGUGUGAAUGUGAGACUGAAUAUGUGUCUUGUUUAUGUGCCCUGCGAUUGACUGGUGACCAACCCAGUCAACCGGGAUAGGCUCCAGUCAACCCAAAUGAGGAUCAACGCUCUCAAAAAUGGAUGCAUGAGAGAGCAGAUAACUAGAACAACAAACAUGCUUCCACUCCCACCCGGCUUCAGCACCAUCUGCUGGAUAUGGUUAGUCACAGCAGCCUUUUGGCCCCAAUGCAAGUGGACUGUACAGAGGGUUCUCGGUUUAUGACCGCCCCGACAUACAUACGUGUCGUAGAACCAGAAGUAGUUUGUAAGAAUGCGGCGUUAGGCGGCACAAGAAGACACACUCACUCACUUACUGUUUUUCAUUUAAUUGUUUUAUAUUUACGGCCUAGAAGUGCUUUUCAUAUUGUAUGACUUGACUAAGACUAGUUACGGUGCAAAAUAAUAAAAAAUAAUAAUAAAAAAGGCUAGGUACGGCGCAAAUUCGGGUAACAUUGCCAAUGUAGAAACGGACCCCCGUCGUAAACCAAGGACCCCCUGUAAAUGCGAAAUGUAAAAAAAAAAAAAAGUAAUUUAUUGUAACUGCACCUUUGUGUGGAUUGUUGUAAUGGGUUCUUGCUCAGCACAGGCACGACUCGGCUACAUUGGUUAGUGGAAAUAAUAAUAAUAAUUAAAAAAAGGAAUUUACUACUCAACAGUGGUCAAAACAAUACCUAUUAUUGCGCUUUCACACUUGGCAGGGGUAAAAAAAAAAAGAUAUUACCCUCACAGUUUUCAUCAAGCAUGUGUGCAACAAUAAUACUUUUUCUUCCUACACAUUUACAUAUUUCAUGUUCAGUCAUCUGACAUUCUAGAAUUCAUCUCUGAAUCUCUCACUGCUUGAGCUUGAAUCGAGCCUUUGCCAGGCUGAGACUGUUUGAUGCUCAUGACAAUCAGUUCAUUGUUGUUGCUGUUUGUCACCAUGAAGACGCUUAUAAUCAUAGCUAAACCGCAAAAGUCACGAUCCAUCAUGCAUUUCUGAAUUUGUGCUUUUUUCCUGCUUGUCGAUGAAGGACCUGAUGGAAGCAGCUGUUGAGAUUUAGUUGGAUAGCAACAUGUAACAGGAGUUUUUUUUUCUUUUUGAAACUGCAACAACAGAUUUUUGCAAUUCAGUAUGUUUAAAUAUUUCAGGUAUGAUCUAAAGAGGAAAUUUUAUGAAAAAAAAAAUUACUCUUUAAUUGUUUGUAUGCCAAUAGUUGGGUCUCUAGUUCCUGUCCGCCCAUCAAGUGUGAAAUUAAAACAACCAAGAAAAUCUUUUACCUGCUGUCUUGGUUAAAUUAGCCACUUGUGACUUCAUGCAAAGGCCAUUCAUUUGCAGUGUGGACGAAGGGGGAGGGAAACACGACAUCAAAGCCAGAAGUUAAGCAGAGCUGCAUUGAGUUUUGUCAAACGCACAGGUUGCUCGGUUGAAGUUGGUGACGCGGUGCGGAUGGGGGCGACAUGCGUAUUUGUGUUUGGCAAAGUGUCUGCUGCAUGCGCCACAUACGUGGUUCUGCACAGUAACUGACCAAGUGUAAUUUCGUGGCAAGAGAAACCCUAAUCCCCGAUGUGCUUCACAGUUAGCCACCUCGAGCUCCGCCCCUAGUCGUCAUAGAAACACAAUAAAUUCUCGCCAUUGGCGCAGCGGAUGAGGGAUCGCUCACUUGCGUGAGACACGAUGGCUCUUUCAAAUGUUCUAUUUUCAGCAAGACAAAAAUAUGGUGUAAGGAUAUGUUACAAUGACUUAUCCUUGGGGUGUUUUGACAAAAGCAUGUCACAGGCAUGUUAUUAAA